AUGGUUCCCCACAACAUCCGCAAGUUUAAAGAAGAUGCAUACACUCCAGAGAUUGUUUCAAUUGGUCCUUUUCACCAUGGAGAUGAAAAGUUGCUAAAGAUGGAGGACCAUAAAAGACUAUAUUGCAAACAAUUUAUUGAAAGAUCCGAGACAAACAAGUUAGAAAGUUUUGUGAAUUGCGUGCAAGAGCUUGAGCCAAAGAUUCGUGGUUGUUACUCAGAUGACAUCAAGCUUAGUAAGGAAGAACAUGUUAUGGUGAUCUUGGUGGACUGCUGCUUCAUAUUAGAGUUUCUACUCAGGUACCAUUUCAUGCUUACACGUGGCGAUGAUGCUAUUCUUUUGCCAACACGGUUAAGGGUCUAUAUACGAUAUGAUUUGUUGUUGCUUGAGAAUCAAGUCCCAUUCUUUGUUCUUGACAAGAUUUACAAUCUAGUUUUUCCUUCUACCUUCAUUGAUCGGAGCCACCACAGGCAUUCUUCGUUGUUAAGUCUCGCUCUUUAUCAUGUAGUUCCUGGUAGAAUAAUCUUUCCUGGUGAUUAUAAGGUUGUUAAGUGA